AUGAUAGCCAUUACACUCAUCGCCAUUCAAACAGGGUUAAGAGGUGAUGCAGAACCUCAGGGCAAGACUGUUAAUGCGUCUCAGGCCCCAACAGCCGCCGCCCAGCAGCCCCAAAGCCGCGCUCCUAAGCAGCCUCCAAGCAGCGCGGCGACCCCAAGUAGCCGCCAACAGCCACGCCCCCAAAGCCAACUAGCCCGCCCCCAAGAGCCGCGCCCCAAGAGCCCAACAGCGCCCGCCCAAGCAGCCCAACAGCCCCGCCCCCAAGCAGCCAAACCGCCCAAUGCAGCCAACAGCCGCCCCCAGCACGCAACGCCCGCCAAAGCAUGCCCAACACCCGGCCCAAGCAGUCGCCCAACAGCCGUCCCAAUGCAGCGCAACAGAUCUCCGCCCCCAAGCACCCAAAGCCGCCCCAGCACCCACAGCCCCCCCAAUCACCCCAGAAGUCCCCGCCCCAAGCGCGAGCCCGCCCAAAGAGCCCUCACACCCGCCCCAGCAGCCAACAAUCAGCCCGCCCCAAGCAGCCCUCAACAGCCUCGCCAGCAGGCCCCAAACAGCCCCGCCCCAGCAGCCAACAGCCCGGCCCCAAGAGCCCACAGCCCCCCCAGCAGCCCUCGCCCCCAAACAGCCAAACGUUUCCUAAGAAUCUGGGUGCCCGCAUGA